AUGAAGACGGCUAAUGUAUCCAUUUUAGUGGAGGUUGUCCACGAAAGCGUCUAUCACAACCUCAUGGCCGCCCAGGGGCAUUCACUCAGCGCGCCGGAAACUGAAGUCUUCCCUGUCGGAUCUGCUCAGCACAACAGAACCAUCCACGCUCGGGAUGACUGUGACUUGACGACUGCGGUGAUCACCGAUAAGACACAGACAUUCGUCGACUGGGACGUUCAGAUGUCACCAGUGGUGAUUGGCAGUGGUACCACCGGUAUGGACGUCUCUGUCAUGUCAGGCUACACAGUCAGCAACUCCGUCAGUGUUAGCACCGGCCUCGAUAUAAACCUGAUCAAGGAUAAAUUGGGUGGAUCGGUAGGUAUCGACUACACCCGCACAUGGACGACACAGACUGCAGUCACCGUCAAGGGAACCGUUGCAGACGGCUACUCUGGCGUGAUGAUUACCAAGCCUAUCAAGACCCGGAAGACUGGCCGGGUUCUGAAGGGCUGUCUUGGUUCGCAGACCGAGGACGGAACUUUCUCUGCUGAUUCCCUUGAAGAUGGAUCCUAUGCCGGGGUGAAAUGGAUUAGUGGAGCCAUUACCAUGUGCUCGAAGAAGGAGUUUCCUCUUUCUCGCUGCGAGGGAAGCGGAAACUUCGUUUGA